AUGUUUUCUAAUGGUCCUCCUAAUAUGAACACAUCUGAAAAUGAUGAUCUUUCAAACUUAAAUAAUUCGGAAUCAAUUACCAAGCUUUCAGAAAAUACUGAGAAUCUUGAAGGAUCUACUACAAAUCUAAUAGGUAUUCCUCAUAAUACUUCAAAUGCGUUUACAGAAGUAGUUCCCGUCACUUCAACUACCAAUGAAUGCGAAACCCUAAACCUUGAAAAUUCCUCUUCUAUAAAAUCAAAACGAGCCCCAUACCGUCGUCCUAUUUCAACUGCUAAUGCCCAACCACCAAAGAAGGGCAUAUUGAAACCUAUAUCACAGUCUAAUACUCGUUCGAUUUGGAAAAGUGAUUGGUUCUCUACACUUAAUGCGCGUAUUCAAAGUGUUGCAAACUCCGCUACUACGUCUGCGAACCCGACUUCUACUGCUUCUUUCUUCACCAACGCAUUGAAGAAGCUGAACACACCGACACCUUUACCUUUUCAAGAGGAUUUACAAAAAGACAAAACUCCUCAAAUACCUCAAAUAACCAUUACAUCAUCUUCUGAUCAGGUUUCUCAAUCCAAUGUCCAGCAUCCUCCUGCCUUACCAAAUAACAAUCUUCUUACCACUAAGUCCCUUAAACGAGUUCGUUUCUCAGUUACGAAAUUAAGAGAUGAAUACCCGCACUCUCCUAUUCCAAGUGAUAGCGGUUCUAGUGAUGAGGAAGAAGAAUACGACUUUCGUGAAUGGGAUGAAAAACAAAAUCGUGAUGCUCAAUCUAAGCUAGAGGUUGAUCAAAAAGUUAUCUACACCGCUAAAGAAAUGUUACAAUUUUAUUUAUCAGCGUGUAGAAUUAGAGAAGAGUUUCCUUUGGAUCGGCUUGUGGAUUUGUUCAAGAAAGCAAAUCAACCUGGAGGUUCAUUAAGCGUAAUUGAUUUGACAGGCCAUAUACUUGACAGAAAAAUUGCUGAGCCUAUUGCUGAUAUACUUACCCUUGAAUUUGGACUAGAAAAGUUAAUAAUGGAGAGAUGCGAUAUUGAAGAUGAUACUCAAAAAGUUUUUUGCCACGGUCUACUUGUGAAUGAUACUGUUUCUCAUCUGAAUCUUUCUAAUAAUAGAAGGCUUAGAUCAAAUGGAUUCAACUAUAUUGCUAUUUAUAUAAAAAAGUCCACGACUUUAAAUUAUCUUGAUCUUUCUGGGACAUACUUCGACAAAAAAUCUGCUACCUUCUUAGCACAAGCUUUAAUAGAAGGAAAUAACAUGUCUGGUGCUGUUUUGGAAACUUUAAAAUUAGAUGGCUGCGGACUGAAAAAUAAUGUUUUGGAAGUUUUGGGUCCUGGUGUUCGUCGGUCCAACUUACGUUAUCUUUCGCUUAGAUAUAAUCGCAUCAAUAGUUCUGGUGCUGUUUGGAUUGGCGUAAUGUUACGAGAUUAUGAUACCUUAAAUUUAAGGAUAGAUGAUGAACCACUUAGCCCUGUGCAUUCAGAAUUUGACGAACAAGUGGAAAUACAAGCAGAAACAUCACGUAUAAGAAAAAGUGGUUUGAAAAUAUUGGACGUCACUGGCAAUGACAUAAGAAGUGGCGUUCAAUAUAUAUCUCAAGCAUUACGAAGGAAUAAGAGCCUGAAAGAAUUACAUUUAUCAGAAAAUCGCAUAGACUUCAAGGGAUUGAUAUUUAUUGCUGAUGGAGUGAAACACAACUGUCAUUUAGAAUUGCUUGAUAUAAGUCGAAAUCCUGUUGGAGGGCCAUCGAUCGAAGGUGUAACCUCCCUUCGAAAUGCCUUAUCAUUAAAUACCACAUUGAAAAUAUUAUUUCUAUCGAAUACACAAUUAUCAACUGAAGGAGCCAUUGCUCUUGCAGAAUACCUUCCAGAGACUAAAUCAUUAGUCCAUUUAGAUCUUACAUCUAAUCCGGAUAUUGAUAUUGCAGGCGUCAUGGCCUUAGCAGUGUCUAUAAAAAUGAACUAUAGUGUCCGUAUUCUGGAUGUCAAUGUUCAACCAAAUGAUACGGAAGCGGCUGGACUUUCCCGAGAUAUUCUUCGCACAUGCGUUAGAAAUACUGAAAUAGCUCAAAAUGGCUUAGAAAACAUUGAUUCUAACUUUUUAAUAUCUGAUUUUGAUACUAAACCACGUCCCUUGCCAUCACCGAUUCCAAAUUACAAUGGUUCUUCAGAAAUAGGAAUUGAUAUCCGUUUAGAUGACUUGGACGAUGACGUGAGAAUUGCCAAGGAAUAUUUUAAAGUUUUUGAUGAAAUGUUGUCUAGUGAAGAACAGAAAUCAGAUUCUGAUAAUAUAGAAUCAAAUGAAGUGAUAGAGCAACUACAUGAUCAAUGCCAAAAAUUUCAAGCAAAAAUAAGAUCGUAUAUUACAGUUGUGAUAGAAGAAGAAUUACUCG